GUCAGGUGAAGCACCAGCACAGCGAGACAGAGAACAACAACAACACGCUGCCUCAGCUGAACAAAGGGGAGACGCUGACCCAUCAGGGUGCCCUGAGCUCCUCCUCGGACCGUGUUAAGAGGGACCAGUACGGCAACAGACUGCCCAUGACUCCUUCAGAAGCGACAAAACUGUACCGAAGUCGCUUAACACAAUUUGAACAGACGGAGAUAUUGGAUUAUCCAGAAAUCUGGUUCUUGGGAUUAGAGGCAAAGAAAGUGGAGGGUAUUCCAGGGGGCGCUCAGAAUUCUGGGUAUGACGACGACAACGGAUCAUAUAUCAAGCCAAUCGGGGACCACCUUACGUAUCGCUACGAGGUGCUGGAGGUGCUGGGUAAAGGUUCAUUUGGUCAAGUUAUCAAGGCCAUUGACCACAAAACUGACCAGGAAGUAGCCAUUAAAAUUAUUCGAAACAAGAAGAGGUUUCACCAUCAGGCUCUGGUAGAGGUAAAAAUACUGGAUGCUUUACGGCGGAAGGAUAAAGACGGUCAGUUCAACUUGAUCCACAUGGGGGAGUAUUUCUACUUCAGGAAUCAUCUGUGUAUCACCUUUGAGCUAAUGGGAAUGAAUCUCUAUGAGCUGAUCAAGAAGAACAACUUCCAGGGUUUCAGCAUUGCUCUGAUUAGGAGGUUUGGUUUCUCGCUACUACAGUGUUUGAAACUGUUGUUCAGAGAGAAAAUAAUCCACUGCGACUUAAAACCAGAAAAUAUUUUAUUGCGACAAAGAGGUCAAAGUUCAAUCAAGGUCAUAGACUUUGGGUCAAGUUGUUAUGAGCAUCAGAGAGUGUACACAUAUAUCCAGAGCCGAUUCUACAGGUCACCAGAGGUCAUAUUAGGGCUACCGUACUCGAUGCCCAUUGAUAUGUGGAGUUUUGGGUGCAUCCUUGUGGAACUCUACACCGGUUACCCGCUCUUCCCGGGAGAAAACGAGGUGGAGCAGCUGGCCUGCAUCAUGGAAAUACUGGGCUUACCUCCCCCUUCUAUACUGGACCAAGCCACCAGGAGGCGCUUGUUCUUUGACUCCAAGGGUAAUCCUAGAUGUAUAACCAAUAGUAAAGGGAAAAAAAGACGAGUGGGAUCCAAAGAAUUACAACAGGCCAUAAAAACAAGUGACGCUAACUUUCUGGACUUUGUGAAAAGAUGUUUAGAAUGGGACCCCAGUGCACGCUUAACCCCGGACCAAGCUCUUCAGCACGAGUGGAUCAAGGAAGGUCUGGUGCACAAACCACGGCUGGAGCGACGACAAAGGCGCCACGCGUCACCCGCAGCAGAGACGACUGAUCCAUACAAAUCACCUGCUCAACCACUCGUGAAGGCGAGGUUAAAAGAGUCCCGACCCACACCAACGAAAGCCUCAGUGGAGAAGAUCAAGGUAGAGGACUGGAAGAGUGGGACUCAUCACCAGGGGAAAGAGAAGAGGCAUAGGAGUGGGGAGAAGAGCCCUAGGGGCAUCCGCGAGCGAGUACCCCCCAUCGGGGCCUCGGCUGAACACCCACGAGAAGACACAGCCCGAGUAACCACAGCAAAAGGGGGUAAGAAGGGUUUGGAAGACCAAGAAAGAGGAGUGAAGGAUGAAAAAGUGCCGGCAGGCGAGUCAGAUGAAGGCUCUACUAAAUUACCGCCCAUUGCGUAAUCGUAAGCCCCUGACCCGUCAAGGCAUGCUGCAUAUGCACAAGUCCCAAUUGGAAGAAACCUCAGAAAUCUCAGUAUUUAACGAGCCCAAUUUUUCUGGCUUAGGGUUAUUAAAGUAUUAAGUAAUUGCAAGUGUAAUAGACGUUAAUUGUAGUUCAAGGGAGAUAACUUGUGAGCCAAAAUGUAAAGUAAGGGGAGAGCACUUUGAUUUUAUGAACAUGGUUUAUCCAUAGUGGUGUGAAUUUGACGUAUCUCAUGUGAUAAUAUUGUUGUGGGUUUUUUUUUUUUUCACUGUUCUUUUGUUUACUCAGAAUGUGUUAAUUUGUUACCAGCUGUGUUUACAUCACAUGAUUAACCACAUUUCUAACAACCUCAGUAUGUUUCCAACUGAUUACUUUUUGUUACUGGAUAGAGAAAUGGACGAAUCAAUAUAUCAUAGAAGAUUACGUUACUUUAAAAGGAAUCUUCUUUCUAAAAGUUAUGGUUCCAAACAUUUUGUUAUCGGAUAUUUGCAAAACAGAUUCAAACUAGUUGCUGGUCAGCUAGUCUUCUCUCCAUAGCUGGAAGAAUUUUAAUAAACAACUUGAACCACCGCUUAUUUUUCAUUGGUUUCUGACGUAUUUGUGACAAAACAUUGUAGGUGUCUGGCAGAAAUGUUCAUAAUUUGUUCAUAGUGUUUAUGGACAUUGAUUCUGUGAUAGAAGGUUAUUUUGUGACCUCUCCAUUUUUUAUCCCGCACACUCUUUUACACACAUAAAUGUACACAUAAGUAACCUUGGUAUAAACUCAGCUCUUUUUGAAGCUGUUGACUUGGCUUGGAGUUGUGGGGUCGUUUGUUUUGUGUAUACGAGAAGGUAUUUCUAUGAAGAAGUAAGAAUAUUAAUAAUUAAAUAAUCAUUAUUAAUUAUUAUUAAUCAUAACAGCCUGUUCAGACUGUUACUUGGAAUUGGUUUCGUACAGAGUAUUUUAUAUUUGUUCCUUGCUCUAUAAUUAUACACAAUAAAUGUAUAACUGUUUUUAAUGUCAUAGUUCGCAAGCACAAACCGUUAUUUAUAUAGCCUGCGAUGUUGUGCAGGGUAAAACACCGUGUGAAAGCAGGAUGUUUGAGCAAGGUUGAAAGGGGUUGUGUUUUUGUACAUUUACAUGUAUAUUGUAAGCAUUAUUUGUAUGUGUUUUUGGAGUGUGUACAUUAAGAUUGUGUUUUUGUAUGUUUACAUGUAUAUUGUAAGCGUUUUUGUAUGUAUUUUAAGUGUUUUUGUAUUGUGCACAAAUACAUGUACCGUACAUACAUGUACCUUGUGCAAGUCAGUCGAUUUUAUACACAUAGAGUGCAUGUAUUGCACACCUCAAUUUUUAUGACUGUCUAGAAGGUCUGUGUUUUUGUGUGAACUCACAAAAUUUGAAACUUUCCUUUCUCAAAUAGCUUGUGUUUUUUGUUUUUGGCCUAUAUAUGUAUAUAUAUAUAUAUAGUUUUAUGAAUGGUUUGUUAAUAUUUUGUGGACAUGAGUCUUAAAAUCUAUAUAUGUUAAAAAACCUGGUUUCCCAGUCUUAACAAGUGCUUUUUUUUUUUAUUCAAAACAUUUUAUAGCCCAAGUAUUCCGUCCAUAGGAGAUCAAGAGAAUAAAAUGGACUAAUUGUGACCUAUUUAAUGCCAUUGAAUUGAUUUAUAGGUAAUAAAAUAUAUAGUAAAUGUACUGCAAAUAUUUUUCCCUAAAGUGUGUUUUGAUUAUUAAAAUAAUGGUAUACAUGGAGAGAGAAAAAUAAUGAUUUGAAUUUAAAGAGUAAUAUGAGAGACAAAUAAUAUUAACAGGUACUUUAUUUGUGGAACUUUAAAAUGUUACAACUUGAUAAUGUAUGUCAAAAAAUUUUUUUAAAAUAUAUUUUGAGGUUGAACCAGUGAGGUUGACAUUUAGGAACAUAAUGUUUGCUCUAACGUUAUCUAAAACUAAGCAUUUGCAGUUGAUAAUAGCUGUUUCGUUUUGGACAGUAUAACUUUUAAGGUAAAAUGGACAGGUAUAAGACGGAUAAAAAUACUGUUGACAGUCUUCCAGGAGUAAAUGAUGAAAAUGCAAUCCCACAGGAGUGUGAAUAAAUAUCAGUAUUUUAUAAAGAAGAUAAUUUUGGUGUUUCGUUAGGCAUUGGUAGACUGUUGUGUUGUGUAAAGACAGAGUUAGCAUGAUACCUCUGUUUUUGUUUAAGCAAAUUAAAAAAUUCAUGCAAUUUAGACAAAGUUCAAAUUCACAUGCAAUUUUUUGCUAGUAUCUGCGGCAGCUAUGGCAAAUGCCAAAAUUAGUUACAGGAUUUGUUUUUUUGUAAAGCAAAAUUCAGUCUGCAAAAUUCUGGAAUAUUGCAGGUGGCUUGGAUGGGUGACAAGAUCAAACAUAGACAAAACCAUUUAAAAAUAUAUAUGUGCACUAUUGAUCUUGAAAAAAAAAUGACACAUUUUUCCUCAAAAGUGACAUUACAUAUGAGGGAACUGGAAAAGAGCAUUUGUCAUUUGAUUGGCUGGUUCAAAUCACUCAUUUUGCAUUCUUUAAUUUUGAUUGCCCAGUCCAGUUUAUUAUCCCAGCUUCAUUCAAUUCUGAUUGGCAAACUAUUUUCAAUUUUGAUUAAAUAAACUAUUUCACUGUAAAUUUCUUAACUUUCAUUUUAUGGAUUGCGCUGAAAAUCAAAAAAUUAGUUCAGUUGAUUAUUUUUUCCAGUUGGAAAAGUUAAAAUGCUUUUUUAUGUACUCAUGUAAAAGUUUGUGACGUUAUAUUUGAUGCGGAUAUUUGUUACUUGUUGUUCACACAAUAAUGAAGCACAGGGGGCCUGUUAAAUAAAAAAGAUCAUACCUGAUUAUUAUAAGUUUUGUUGAUCAUUUCAAUUAUUUUUAGGGGGCCUCCAUGGCUCAGAUGGUUAACGCACUAGAGCAGCGUAAUGACCCAGGAGCCUCUCACCAGUGAGUUCAAGUCCAGUUCAUGUUGGCUUCCUCUCCGGCCCUACAGCAACCUGCGGAUGAUUGUGGGUUUACCCCGGGCGCUGCCCGGUUUCCUCCCACUGUAAUGCUUUCCAUAUAAGUGAAAUAUUCUUGAGUACGGCGUAAAACACCAA